AUGGGGAAGCGGAGGAGGCCGUCAGCGCUGGACGUGUGUGGGCUGCUGGCUCUGCUCCUGUCGCUCUGUCCCUCUGGGAGCCUCCAGUGUAAGAUCCUGAAGUGUAAUGCAGACUUCUGGGCCCUGACUGGGGGCCCCGGGGCCGAGGAGGAGUUCUGUGUGGCUCUGCGCGCCUACAACAGCUGUGUGCGGCGCACGGCGCGCACCUGUCGCGGGGAUCUGGCUUAUCACUCUGCGCAGCACGGCAUCGAGGACCUCAUGAUGCAACACAACUGUUCUAAAGAGGGCCCUACCACCCAGCCACGCCCGCCUCAGGUCCCGCCCCCUCAGGCCCCGCCCCCUCCUCUCUCUGACACACCAGACACGUGUCAGUAUGUGCGCAGUCCGCCGCCAGCCUACGCUCACUGCGGCUUCUUCGGAGACCCGCACCUGCGCACCUUUGGGGACCGCUUCCACACGUGCCGCGUGGAGGGCGCCUGGCCCCUCAUCCACAACAAGUACCUGUCUGUGCAGGUCACCAACACGCCUGUGCGGCCCGGCGCCAUGGCAACGGCCACCACCAAGAUCACCAUCAUCUUUAAGAACUUCCCUGAGUGCGCGGAGCAGAAGACGUACCUCGCUGAGACGGAUGAGCUGCCGACCGCCUUCACCGACGGCUCCAGGAACGGAGGCGAGCGCGCGGGCGCCAGCAGCCUGCGCAUCACAGAGCGCACGCCCGGAGCGCACGUGGAGAUCCAGGCGCGCUACAUCGGCACCACCAUGGUGCUGCGGCAAGUCGGCCGCUACCUGACCUUCGCGGUGCGAAUGCCCGAGGAGGUGGUGCACGCUGCGGAGGAGGGCGACCCCGAGGACCUGUACCUGUGUCUCCACGGCUGUCCCACCAACCAACGCAUCCACCUGAGCCGCACGCCUCAGGCCCCCAGGGGCCUCAGCUACCACACGGCUAAAGCCAUGUGCAAAGAGCGCCUCCCAGUGGAGGACCUGUACUUCCAGUCCUGUGUGUUCGACCUGUUGUCGACUGGAGACAUCAACUUCACGAUGGCGGCUUUCUACGCCUUCGAGGACGUCAAGCUGCUGCACUCCAACAGCCAGAGACACCACCUGUUUGAGGAGCAGAGGAGCCGGGCCCCGGGCCCCACAGAGGCCCCUGUGUGUCUCAUGCUAACAGCAGUGCUGCUGUUGGGUCGAUAG